UUAUUGUGAUAGGUAACCAAAGGGCCAACAGCUUUUGGGAAGGGAAUCUUCAACCACAUGAGGCCUUGAAUUUUGAUGUGCCAGCUGACCAGAGGCUAACUUUUAUUAUCCAAAAAUAUAAAGAACGAAAAUUCAUAAAAAACACCCUGCUCUCUAAAACCAAAGAUGAGUUAAAUAAGGCUCUCUGUGCUGCAGUGAUGAAGCCGGAUGUAUUGGAAACAAUGAUGUUGUUGUUUAGUGGAGCAGACGUGAUGUGUGCAACUGGAGACCUUGUGUGCAGCACCCCAUAUUUGUUAGCCAAGAAAUCUGGGCAAAGGUUGCAGAUGGAAUUCCUCUACCACAAUAAGUUUUCAGAUUUUUCAAACUGUGAUGGCCAUUCAAACAACAGUUCCUGUCCUGAUUCAUCCUUACAUUCCUUCCUUUAUGAUAAUUUAUACAUGGUUUCCUUCAACACUCCAAAGCUGUUUAUUGAGAGAAAAAUACAAGAAGAGGGCAGUAAGAGAUGGUGUGUCUUGGAAAGUGGCUUUUUGAGUUACUAUGAAAAUGAGAAGAUGGCUACCCCAAGUGGCAUGCUGGACAUGAGUGAAGUUAUCUGUCUUGCCAUUCACAAGUCAGAUGUCUCCUUAUCCAUGGGAGCUCUGUUUACCUUUGAAAUCUACUUACUGUCAGAACGUGUGUUUCUCUUUGGUGCUGAAGCUGCGCAUACUCAACGAAAAUGGACUCAGGCAAUUGCCAAGCACUUUGUACCUGAAUUGGCCAGAUGUCUUCUGGAGAGGAAUGCUGAUGUAAUUGGCCAGCUGUUCUAUAAAGACUGCCAUAAUCUUGAUAAUUGGAAAAAAGGCUGGUUUGCUCUAGAGAAGACCAGCUUGUAUUUUUGCCUAGAACUGGAAAAUUCUCAAGAGAAUUCAAUGUAUCUACGGCGGCUCCAGGAGUUAACAAUCAGCAGCUGUGUCCAAAAUGGAGAAAAAACAGAUGUUCUGCUACUGGUUGAGAAAGGAAGAACGUUAUAUAUCCACGGCCACACAAAGUUGGAUUUCACAGUCUGGCAUACUGCAAUUGAAAAAGCAGCAGGUACAGAUGGCAACAUGUUAGAAGAUCAGCAGCUCGGCAAAAAUGACGUUCCGAUUAUAGUGAACAGCUGUAUUGCAUUUGUUACACAGUAUGGUUUGGGAAGCAAACGUAUCUACCUGAAGAACGGAGAUCCUUCGUGUGUGAGAGAGCUUCUAGAACGUUUCAGAAAAGAUGCAAGGAGUGUUAAGCUGAGGGCUGGGAUGAACCAGCUGGAAGAUGUUACUGAUACACUGAAAUGUUUUCUUUCUGAAAUAGAUGAUGCACUACUGACCAAAGAACUUUAUCCUUUUUGGAUCUCAGCAUUAGAUACACUGGAUGAAAAAGACAGGGUGAGAAAAUAUAGCACUUUUAUUCGAACGCUUCCACCUGUCAACAAAGCAACUUUGGCAGCAUUAAUGGGACACCUUUACAGGGUUCAGAAAUGUUCAGAAAUCAAUCUCAUGGAUCCUCACAAUCUGGCGAUGGCUUUCUCAUCAUGCUUGUUUCAAACCAAAGGACAAACUAGUGAAGAAGUUGAUGUAAUUGAAGACUUAAUUAUAAAUUAUGUGCAGCUUUUUGAUGUCCAGCAAGAUCAAGUGAAGCAAAUGGACAUUGAGAACAGCUUUAUUACCAAAUGGAAAGAUACUCAAAUUUCUCAGGCCGGAGACUUGCUAAUUGAAGUUUAUGUGGAAAGGAAGGAGCCAGACUGCAGCAUUAUAAUAAGGCAGAUAUCACCAACAAUGGAGGCAGAAGAAUUGACUAAUGAUAUCCUGGGAAUAAAAAACAUCACACCCCAUAAGGAUGAUACGUGGGCUACAUUUGAAGUGAUCGAAAAUGGAGAACUAGAACGUCCCUUGCAUUGCACUGAGAAUAUUCUAGAACAGAUCCUUCACUGGAGUUCUUUGGCCACUCCCAGCAACGCGUGUCUUAUAAUAAAGAAGUUUCCAACAGUAGGGCUUAUGAAUGAAGGUUCCAAACAUUCAGUGAACCAAUCUUCACCCAAGAUUAAUUUAGAGAAAACUUCAAAAGACACUGUCAAAGCCAGCUACCUGAAAUAUAAAGAAGAACCAUCCAAACUACUGUCUGCAAAUAAGUUUCAAGACCGUUAUUUUGUUUUACGGGAAGGAAAUUUGCGGCUUUAUAAGGACCUGAAGAGUAGCAAAGCUGAGAAAGUGUUUCCUGUCAAAUCACUGAAGCUUUAUCUCGGGGUGAAGAAAAAAUUGAAACCGCCAACGAACUGGGGCCUAACACUGCUGUCUGAAAAGUAUCAUUGGUAUUUGUGUUGUGACGGGCCGGAUUCUCAGCUUGAAUGGCUGAACAGCAUUUUUAUGGCCCAGCACAGUACUGUGUGUCCACCGAGUGGGAAGACAAGGAAGCAGUCGAUUACGAAAAAUCCAAAAAUCGGUGGCCUACCUUUAAUACCAAUUCAACAAGACCAAAGUAUUCCAAAAGUUAAAGCCAAGUUGGCAGAGAAUUCAAAAUUGGAAACUGAAAGUGACUUAUCUGAAGAUAAGAAAAGUUUAAAGGAACGAGUAUCACGGGUUGUUCAAUACAAGGAACGUAAGGAGGAAAAAAUCUGGAAUCACGCAAGGAAGCAUCACAGCCUGAUCUGUUUGGAGGACAUGGGUGAAAACGCUGUGGACUUGGGCCAAAGGCUCUCGAAAGAAUCAAAGUCAUCAAAGAAAAGUGAGAGCAAAUUGAGAGAGACUCAUUUGGAAUCCGAUAAGCAGCUGCCAGCAAAUGUUAUUCACGAGCUCCACACUGUCUUGCAGAGGACCAAAGCUCUCCACAAUGAGACUUAGAAACAAUUCAGAUAUGCACAUCAAAGAAAUGGAUUAUGUAAUUAAUGUACAGUGUACAGACUUUCAGUGUAUUUAUAUGUAAAUGUUGAACUAAAAGAGAUUGGGUGCCCCCUUACCAAUCUGAGAACCUUAAUAAUUUUAUACUGACAUCUGCCCCUCUCAUUACCAAGAUUUAUUCCCCAAAAUAAUGUUGGCCAACAUUUUCUACGUAGGUGGGAGAGUGAAAAUCCAUUACUUCUCAAUUGGACAUUAGUGAACCUCAACUAAAAGUAUAGAAGUAGGAUGUGAACACAGUUCAAUAAGGAUAAUGCAUCUAUUCCUUCUGGCUGUUGUGCACAUUCUGAAGAUAACAUGAGAAUAAAAGAUGAAGCAUAGUCAUUUCCAAUAGGCAUUUAUCUCACCUAUAUUUGUCAUCCAAGUGGGACGUUAGCAAAAGGCUUUAGGCUGGCAAUUCUAUUGGUGGUCCUAAAGCUCUUCAGUCACCAGACCAGUUCGUUUAUUUACUGUCAUAGACCAAAGAUAGAAAUUCAAGUACAGGGAUCCAAUAAGGAAAGAAGUUGAAUGAAUGAAAAUGAAUGAAUGAAUGAAUGAAUGAAUGAAUGAAUGAAUGAAUGAAUGAAUGAAUGAAAAGGAAGAGGCUAGUUUCUAGCCCAGUAUUUCCUAAUGCUGAUUAUGAUUGAUAAACAGUGAACAAAUCUGCUAAUAAAAAUAUAUACUUCCUCUUCUUCAGGCUGGUCCAUUUGCUUAGUGAGUAAGUAUGGGGGAGGUUAUUAGCUCCAACAGCCAGCUAGUGUAAAAGCCAGUGCAGGAGCCCACAGACAACUGUGUUGAUGGCUUCAUCCAAACAGGGACAAAAAUGUGCCAAGUAUGGGACACUGUCACACCUUUCCUCCAACAUUCUAGAAGGCAAGAUGUUAAAUCCGGCUAUGGUGACUGCUCUCCUGGAGGAACAGAUAGGAUAUACCUCUGUUUUUUUAAGAUUUCUCAUAGCCUCUUUCAGGAAUGGAAUUCUAGUUCAGUCAGUGUUGCUACAGGCUUAUCCCUUUGUACAGCCAAUAGGGUGGCUGUGCAUACACUGGCGUUUAUGGCAAGAAAGAGCAAUGAGCCAUCAGCAGCCAUAUUUGCAGAGUUAAGUGGAGCAGCCUCAAACCACGGAACUUGAAAAGCGCUCAGGUUUUCCAAGCAGACUUAGCAGUUCAAGGCAGCAAGGUAAAUCUAGAAAGAAUGGACUUAGCACUUUUAUGCAUGUAGAGUGCUUUGGAUCCCUGCUGUAGGUUGCAAACCUUCCAUAGAGAUGGCGCGUUCAACUAAGAGAAUUCCAGUUACUGUAUACCAUCGAAGACGCAAUGGUAUAUCUAAGUAUACGCAUGCAGCAAAGCAUAAUAGAAUCAAGAGACUGUAAAGAAUCCUGGUGGAAUAUGUGUAAAUAAAACCUCACUGUGAGUAGAAAAUAAGCCUAUUGGGGAAAAACAUUACUGUUCCAUAUCCUGUCCAUUAUGCAAGUUUUCUACUUCCAAUGAAAUAUUUUGCUUAAAAUACAGAUUUACAAAAGCUAACACUAAAUGAUAUGAUUUCUGCCUUCAUCAUCAGUGUCCAUUUUGACCAUUCUGGGAUUUAAAAAAUCUCAUUUGUGACCCUUUUCCGCAGGGAUCCGACGAUAAAUGAGUCAAUAGGAUUUAUGUGUAUUUGUGUAUUACAAUGUAAUGCUGCUAAUACUGUGCUAUGUAGUCCCAAUCUGUUUGAUUGUUUUGAUCGGUAACUGGUACAGUCAGGGAAGAUUCCUGGGAGUUGUGCAAUGAAGGAAAAGAAGUAAAAUUUUAAAUUAUUGUACAUAUUUGUAAUGUAAAUAAUAAUUGCAGAAAUGGCAGUGACUGCUUGCCACAUCAGUUGGGUGGAUUAUAUGGUGUAUGGACGCAUGAAAUAAAAAAGGGUCUUGUUAAAGUUGGCUUGCCUAUAAGCAUCCAAGGGUCAUUCCAUCUGUCUGCAUUCUAUCAACAAAUGUUAAAUUUAUUUGUAACUGAUGUGCAUCCGGAAUACCUUGCUGAGCAAUUCCAUUACCAUAAAUUCCACAAUAUAAAAGAGUCCUGAGAAUUCCAACUGCUACGGGGAAAUUAUCCAUACAAUGCCAUUUUUUCCCUGGAGGAAUCUUCUCAUGCCAAUACUUCUGAAGAUCAAAAACAAAGCAAAGCUAUUUUUAAUAAAAGAAGACUGU